CCUUCUUCUUGAAAAAAAACUUCGUUUUCUUCAAUUUUUAAAAUCUACUUACAUUCCUAGCUUCUGAGCAUGUUUCCAUCUGACAGUCGGAUUAUAUACCCACUUACAUACUUGGUGAGGAAGGCGUAUCAACCCAAAUUUCUACGAACAGAAGGAUUAACUUUGAUUGGAGCAAAUUACUCAAUGUCAUUACCGCAUCAAAACUGCAUCCUCAAUUGCAUUUCCUACCGUGAUUGCCAAGUCGUGCAUCAAUUGAAGCAUUAAAACGUUGACUGCGUUUUGCAUUGAAUCAAGUGGUUUCCCGGUUGAAGCUAAAGUCAAACAAUGAGGCAAUUAUUAUUUUUGGCAAUUUUCUCUGUUUUUGUAUUCAAUGAGGUGUACUGUACCACGUCCUAUGCAACCGUUGUAAAAACGUUUGCUAAAAAAGCGAAAAAUGCUGAUCCGGCGCUAAAAAAAGACUGGAAUAAAAAUUUGGGUAUUUUAUUCAAUCUCAGCAAAAACAUUCCCAAGCAUGUCCUUACGCAUACAUUGGUCGCAUACCAAAUACCAGCCAAUGUAAAAUCCCAUACAUUGGCUUUAUUUGCUGGAAUGAAACAAACUGCAAUCGUUCAGAAUUUGAUCGCGGACUAUAGAAUCGUGUUGGGCAAUGAACCAACUCUUAACAAAUUGUGUGAUGAUUUGAUAAAACGCAUCAAGAAUGAUUUAAAAGGAGAGAAUUUCAUUCUACACGCGAACAAGUUUAACGAAUGGGAAAAGAAAAAUAUGGAAAAGUCACAUGUGGAGAAAAUUGCCUUGCAAUUGGGCGACAUGAAGUUUGAUUUCUUAAGAUUUCAUACCAAAUUUACGUCACAGUUGAAUGCAGCGUAUGAGGCCAAAGAAGCGUUUAUAAGAGCCAGCAGUUUAAUACCAAACGCGAUCAUCAAUGAAAGAGACAAAAUGAAUGAACUAUCGAUUUCCAUGGCUAGUUACAAAAAGGCUCAAGUUCAAAUCUACCAUCAUCUUAAUACGGCUUGGAAUGUUUCAUGCGAAUAUAUCAAGAAACGCGAUGAAUGGGUAGACUUUAUAAUUGGAGAAUGAGGGAGAACGGUUUAAUGACAGUUUUUUUUUUUGGAAUUAGUCAGUUAUGACGUCUUUAAAUGUAAUUUACUUCAAAAUAACGGUGAACGGAGAGACAGUUAACAUCAAUGACAUUUUUUAUUAUAAAAUAAGUUUUCGUCCAAAAUAAUAAUUUAAAAGCGAAA